AUGCGUAUCUAUGAUCAAGUAAUCAUACCAGUUUCACAUCGAAUGUCAAAUUUAGAACAACUUAGUUUGUAUUUAUUGGUCGAUCGUAAUAAUGGAUUUAUUGAUGAAAGUGAUUUACAGCAAAAUAUUAUUAAUUAUAUGCCACGUUUAAAUGAAUUUCGGUUAUAUAGUCGUUUAACUAUAUUGCUAAACAAUCAAAUUAUUUCUUGUGUCAAUUAUUUUCAAGAAGCAGAAAAAAGUGAGUGUCAUAUCUAUUAAUGAUCAUAUACAUUAAGAAGUUAUGAAAAUAUGGUGAAUAAUUUUCCAGAUGGAUUAUUUACAUGUGUUUGUGAAAUAUCAUUAUUUGAUGAAGAUUCUUUUGAAUAUGAAUGCUUUAUUCGAAUUGUUCAAUCAUUUCCAUUUAUGAAAAACUUAACUAUAAUUAAUCAAGAACCAAAAAACCAUCAACAAUAUAGGAAAUAAAAAAAUAACAAUCCAGAUUUAUUAAUUAUUCAAUAUCCUCAUCUUACAUAUCUUGAUUUGGAUGAGACUCAUGAUGAUAAUGUCGAACAAUUUCGUGUUUACCAUAUAGUGUUAAUCUUUUUAUCGAUUAUAAACUUUUGACAAGAAUAACAUACAAUUUUACACGAAAAGCAACACGAAUUAAUUGUUCUAAAGUGAGAUAUAUAUAUUUAGAUAGAAUUUUUCGAUUUCCAAAACAUUUCAAACAUUAUUUUCUUAAUACAAAGAUAAAUGCACAUCAAUAAAAAACGCAGAUCUUGAAAAAAAUGCUGUCAGCACCAUCUAGUAUUAACAAAAUCAUUAUUUUUCCUCUCAGUAUUCCAUAUUUAACAAUAAAAGUAGCUGUUUGUCCUACAGAUGACAAGAAAUUUAGCAAUUGAUUUAGGUCAAUUUAAUAUUCGGUUAAGACUCAAUUCAAUAAGUACACAAUAGAAAAUCAUGUUUCAAAGGAUUCUCACAAAUCUAUAACGAGGGUGUGGGAUGUGGAUGUAUGUUCACAUGUUCUUAUACGCCCACACCCACAUCUAGAGAACCUAUUGAUUAGUGAAUAAUUGUGAUACUUUUCGAUUUGAGAUAGGUUAUGAACAUUUUUAUCAAUAUAUAGUUUGACAAAACCGUAGCGAAAAUUAGCAGCACAGAUACUCGAUUCUGUUGUUUGUUUUCUAGGUUAUUGAUGUUAAAAUAGCGAUCAAUCACAGAUUUUUGUUUGACUAACGGAUGAACAUGAUGCUCAUUGUGUUGAGUAUGAUAAUCAACAAUGUUUUCGAGGCGAAGUCGCUUUCAGUUGAACGUACAGUGGGUGAUUUGGUCUAGGCUUGCUUUUCAGGUAGCAUUUAUCGACUUACAAGCU